AUGCGGUCUUUUCAAUUACUUGUGCUGUUCCUGACCAAACUCUUUCUCCUUCAAUUUACUUUUGCAGUUGAUUUCUCUUUCACUGGUUUCAAUUCGUCUGAUAUCUUGCUCUAUGGAAAUGCAACCAUAGAUUCUGGUGUUCUUUCUCUUACAAGAAAUACCACGUUUUCCAUUGGUAGAGCUCUCUACAAUGCUAAGGUACACACAAGAUAUCCAAACUCCUCGAACCUCUUGCCUUUCACAUCCUCCUUCACCUUUUCUAUAUCCCCAUACAACGAUUCUCUCCCUGGCCAAGGAUUUGUCCUCAUUUUCGUUCCUUCUACCGGCAUCGAAGGUGCCUCUUCUUCCCAACAUCUCGGUUUCUUGAACAGUACCAAUGAUGGUGAUCCCAGAAACCAUGCUUUUGGUGUCGAAUUCGAUGUGUUUCGAAACCAAGAAUUCAAUGAUGUUAAUGACAACCACGUUGGUGUUGAUGUCAAUUCUCUUACUUCUCUAGUUUCCUACAAAGCCGGGUAUUGGCUUGGUGACAGUAACAACACUAAUUGGUCAUUCAAGGAAGUAAAGCUGAACAAUGGAGCCAACUAUCAAGCUUGGAUUGAGUACUGGAACUACCAGCUCAGCAUAACAUUGGCUCCUGAAAAUGUGAAAAAGCCAGAGAGACCUUUGAUUCAGAUUCCUCUUGAUCUCUCUGAUGUUUUUCUUGAUGACAUGUAUGUUGGGCUCACUGCAUCAACUGGGCAACUCAUUGAAGACCAUAAAAUUCUGAGUUGGAGCUUCAGUAAUUGA